AUGUCUCAACCACCUUUUCCGCUUCCUACGAUCAUCGAAGAUAACGAGGAGUAUGAUUGGGAAACUACUAACGAUCUUGUACGUCUUAAACGAUCCCGAACGACUAGUAAAUCGGCUCAUACCAGAUCGGGAAAUAGGCUACAGAGAGCAAUCCGAGUAGGUGAUGAUUGUGACAUCAUCCGACCGUUAAGGGCCAUUUACGUUCGUGAUUACGAUGAGCUAGAAGCAAUACACGACCGAUUCGUACGACUCUCCGCCCCAAACCUUUCGGAUGAAGCUAUCAAAGGUGAGACAGACUGGUUACAAGCGGUUAUCUACGAGCACAAAGCGGUUUUAGCCGUUUGUGACGAUCAUCUGACCAAAUUCACAAACCGUAGGUCGGAGUCAAUUUCAUCCAGGCAUUCCUCACGCGCAUCCAACGUAUCUUCUGCCCGCGUUAAGAUUCAAGAAGCGGAACGAUUGCAGCAAGAAGCAGAACUUAAGCUCCAACAAGCUCAAGACGAAGCGGUCUGUAGAGCAGCCGAAGAUGCGGCCUUACGCCAAGCCGAAGAUUAUCAACGGGCAGUAACAGCCGAUCGUCAGCAGAGAGAGCUCAAAGCGCAAAUAGAACUCCAACGUCUUUCUGGCGCCAUCUUAAAAAGGCAAAUUAACGAGAUGACCGGAGACGACCCAGAACCGCCUCAGCAGACGCAGAUCACUACGAGUGUUCCGUCAAACGUAUCGUCGGGUACAUGUCUACCACCGACAACCACCGUAACGUCUUCCAGUUAUCAGGCGAUCAACACACAAAACCCGAUUCAAGUCACGACACCCAGCGCAAUCAGAUUGACAACAACAUCGAACAAUCCUGAUGCGUCGAUGAGCGCGACGCCAGCGAUUGGAUCACAUCAUCCGAAGUCGUUGACACCCACUAGGCUCUUCACACCGCCGGUUUCGGUACCGACUACAACGCCGAAACCAAUCGCUUCGUCCACAGGCUCCACUGGAUUUUUAAAUCAAGUUUUCGGGCUCGCUUCGAGGGCAUACGAAGCUGUUACCCCAAGAAGACCCUCAAAUCAUCCGGUUCCAAUCUCAGACAGGCAAAGAAACGUACCUGCGGCCUCUGCCCAGACGCCUGCUCCGAACCCAGCUUUCGUUUCACCCCCAGCACAAUCGGUUAAUGGAGCGAUAAGUCAGACGACGAGAGGAGUCUCCGUUCAACCCCCUAAGUCUGUUUCGAACCCAGCGCCAAAUCCGGCUCCUUACGUACCAACUACGACAUCUAGUGCUCCGCAAUCCGCCUAUCAACAAACGCACGCUGGCUCUCGACAACAAGCCCCGCCACCGGCAUUUGCGAGCGGUUUCGUGCCACCCCCGCAAUACCAUCACCAGCAAGUCCCUCACUGGGUGCCACCUCCGCCAGCUGCCCCCCCAAAUAACGCACCACCGUCGUUCACCCCCGCUCCAAAUCACGACACGCCGCUACCUACGUCCGAACCGUUCCCUAGUAACGGUAUGGCACCGCCGCCUUUUCCAUCAGGUCCAUCGAGUCACUCGGUCCCUCCGCAAACAUUCGUCAACCGCUCACGGGUUUACACGCCGGAUGCGUGGAUCCAUACCCUUGAAGAAUCAAAUGCUACCUUAGGACGUUCCGGUGUCAAACCACCACGGAUGAAGGCGCCAAGUUUUGAUGGGGAUCCACGGCAUUGGCCCAUGUUCAUCCAGAUGUUUAAAGUCUUUGUCCAUGACGCCGUAGGUUCCGACGCCGAACGCAUCGCCCAUCUCUAUGAUGCACUCACACCUGCUAUCCGGAAGGACAUUGGCGGAGCAUUGCUGAACCCGGGACUUUACCAGCACGCCCUCAGUGAACUUCACAAGCGAUAUGGGAACGCCCAAAUCGUCUCCCAGGCUUGCACGUCAUCUCUGUUAAAACUUCAGCCUUUCCGAGAUAACGACUACAAAGCUCUGCGGGCUUUCUCGUCCGAUCUCCACUCCGUUGUAGCAACUUUACAGCUCGGCGGUUACGGAUUGGAGCUCCACAGCCACGCAACACUUUCCCAACUUGUCGCCAAGCUUCCACCCGCGUUACGAAGCCGGUGGGGAGAGAAAAGCUGGUCCAUGCAGCCUCACUUAUCUACGGUAGAGGACCUGGACAAAUGGCUAGACGGAGUCUCUAUGGCCGAGCAUUCCAUCCGCGCUGGAUUCAUAGAGACACCCCAUCCGAAACCUUUCAAGAAGCCUACCGACGGGAAACGGCAUGGUACUCCUAGCCACAACGUUUUCAACACCACCACCGACAAGACCGACAAAUCUGACCAAUCAAGAUGCCCGGGGUGUAAGUCCACACACUCCCACCACCUAAAGGAUUGUAGGCAGUUUAAAGCGGUCCCAGUUGAAAAAAGAGCCGCUAUCGUAAAGGAGUGCAACGCUUGUCUUCGUUGCCUAGGCCGCGACCAUCUCAGUAAAGAAUGCCGCCGAACAGAGAGGUGUAACCAGCAAAAUUGCGACGGUGUCCACCACCCUCUGCUACACGGGGCUCCGCGACUAUACCCCAAAAAGGGAGACCCGAAGACAUCUGGUUUUUCCGGAUCGGUAGCCACCGGAUCGACCAAGCGUACUCUUCUUCCUAUCGUUCCGGUAAUCCUGCGCGCCAACGGGAAGGAGACUCAACUGUUCGCUCUGCUCGAUAGCGGUAGUGAAAUAUCGGUCAUCAAACGAGGUGUAGCAACGCUUCUCGGGUUGGAAGGUCGAGUGGAACAAGUCGUCACAAGAACAGUUGAUGGAGAAAGCCGACCGACCUCCCACAAGAUAGUUAAAUUCGACAUUACUUCUCUGGACGGUCGCUUCACCUUCAAUAUCAUGGACGUGCACGUGAUGGAUACCUUCCGUUUGAGCAAGAAUUCCAUUGAUCUCACGGGUCUUUCAAAGAAAUGGCCACACCUCGCUCAUGUGCCAAUCCACUCGGUGCUUGACGAAGACGUCGCUAUCCUGAUCGGACAGGAUCAUCCUGCUGCGAUCGAGAUCUUUGAAACCCGCAAAGAUCCGUACGAUCAACGGGCGCCUCGUGCUCACCUCACUGCAUUUGGUUGGUGCGUUGCCGGUCCCGCUGCACAAGCUGAGGACAAGAGUCGGAACUGCUUCCAUCUCAGCCUAGCCGAGAACCGAUGCGACACCUUACUACAACAGUUCAUCGAAUUCGACACCUUUGGCACCAAACCUAACGUCGCGAAGCCAAUCAGCCAAGACGAAGCGAAAGCCUGGAAAAUCUUGAGGGAGACUACAAAACACAAUGGCGAGCGCUACGAGUCCGGUCUAUUGUGGAAGUUGGAUGACCCAGCUUUACCCAACAACUUUUUCGCAGCCCAACGACGUUUCUCCAGCCUCGAAAGGAAAUUUUCGAGGGAUAACAAGCUGGCUGAAACUUAUAAAGGUGUCAUAAACACUUACGUCCAACUGAAGCAUGCUCAUAAAUUAACUAAGGCCGAAAUCGACGCUGGGCCUUCUAAUCGGACAUGGUACAACCCACAUCAUCCGGUAUUCAAUCCGAACAAACCAGGAAAGUGCCGUGUUGUAUUCGACCUAUCCGCAAAGUGUCAUGGAACAUGUCUAAAUGACGUUCUACUGCGAGGUCCGGAUCUUCUCACAAACCUUGUCGGAAUACUUCUCCGCUUUCGACAAUAUGCGGUUCCGGUAAUCGGUGACAUAGAGAAAAUGUUUCAUCAAGUCAGAGUGCGGCCUAUCGACGGGCCGGCGUUCCGUUUCCUCUGGCGUGAUCCUGGUUCGACCAAACCAGUAGAUGUUUACCAGAUGGAUGUGCACCUUUUCGGCGCUGUUUCCUCUCCAGCUGUUUGCUCGAACGCUUUACAACAAACAGUUAAGGACUACGGAAACGAUAACCUCCUCCGGCACAUCACUCGGCACUUCUACAUGGACAAUUGGUUGGUGUCCUUUCCUACGGAGGCAGAAGCCAUCUCCACCGCUCAUCGUCUAACCGAGACGUUGAUAAAGGGUGGUUUCCCGCUCACCCAAUGGGCAACAUCCAAUGCCAUCGUUCGUAAAUCUCUGCCAGGCCAACAACUCGAAGGGACAGUCAUUAACAUGGAUCUUGACGCUGAACCCAUCGAGAGAACUCUCGGCCUUGUAUGGAAUUUCCGCCUCGACGCCUUCAUCUUAGGAGCUUCUGUUAGCACUGACGGUCGGACGAAACGUGAUCUUCUGAAAGCCAUCUUCAGCAUCUUUGACCCACUCGGUUUCUUAGUUCCGAUAGUGUUUCAGGCAAAGUUCCUGAUGCAAGAUAUUUGGCGACGGAAAUUCGAUUGGGACGAAGAAUUGGACCAAGAUUUAAUCGAUCGCUGGAUCCAGUGGGCGCGCCCAUUACCUUCACUCAAUGGCCUCGUUUUAGAUCGCUGUAUUACACCGACUAGUAACGAUGUCGUGGUGACGGAGCUCCAUGCCUUUGGUGACGCGUCUGAGAUGGGAUAUGGGGCCGUCUGUUACGCCCGUUUCGUCUACCGUAACGGAACAGCAGAUACCCGCCUUCUCAUCUCCAAAUCGAGAGUCGCACCAUUGAAAUUCAUGACCAUUCCGCGUCUUGAGUUGAACGCAGCCGUAUUAGCUGCUCGCUUGGCUGCUCAGGUGCGAGAAGAACACGAUCUCAUAUUUGAAACAACCACUUAUUGGUCCGACUCGACUACCGUCCUCAGCUGGAUCAAAUCCAGCUCUUGCCGCUUCCACACAUAUGUCGGCAACCGAAUAGGAGAAAUCCUCGAGACUUCUUCACCCAACGAGUGGAAUUAUGUCCCGAGCACCGCCAACCCUGCUGAUGAUGCAAGUCGAGGACUCGACGCAGUUGAAUUCAACUUGGAACAUCGUUGGUUCUCUGGACCAGACUUUCUCAAAAUUUCUACCGACUGGCCAUGUAAUCCGUCGUUUCCACCGUUGAAGUCAAAUGACCCGGAGAUCCGUGAGACUACGUGGGUUGGCCAAGUCCAAUUGGUCGAUAACGAGCUCAACAAAUUAAUUGAAAGGAAGUCGAGGAUCCACAUCAUCGUUCGUACUGUCGCCUAUAUGUUUCGGUUCAUUGCCAACGCACGCCAGAACCCGGAGCAGAGGAAGCUGGAUGGUCUUUCUGCCGAAGAAAUAAGUUCAGCUCGCAACGUUCUCCUUCGAUACGCUCAGUCCAACGUUUACCGUGACGAGGUGGAUGAUUUACGGGCCGGCCGUCAAAUCGAAAGCAGCUCCAGCCUCAUCAAACUGUCGCCGUAUUUGGAUCAUCGAGGUCUGUUGUGCGUGGGAGGUCGUAUCGACAAAGCGCCUCUUCCAAUCGACACUCGCCACCCGAUCAUUCUUCCGCGUCAACAACGCCUAACGGAGCUAAUUCUCUUCCAAAUGCACCUUGAUCGCGCACAUUUGUCGGCAGAGCAACUACAUCACGAAGCACGAAGCCAAUAUUGGAUCCCUAAAGGUAGAAUUACUGCCCAACGGGUAUUCAGCAUGUGCUGCCCUUGCAAGAGGAAGUAUGCAAAGGGCUUGAGACCAAAAAUGGCCGGUUUACCCAGUUUCCGCUUGAAGACAGGAUAUCCCGCAUUCACGCACACUGGUGUAGAUUACUUUGGUCCAAUAGACACCACCAUUUUCCGACGAAUUGUCAAAAGGUGGGGCUGCCUUUUCACAUGCCUUACGUCCCGUUGUGUCCAUUUGGAGAUGGCCUAUUCGUUAGACACCAGCUCAUUUAUCUCGGCACUGGAUCGCUUUCAAAAUCGUCGAGGUGUUCCGGCUUCGUUCCACAGCGACAAUGGAACGAACUUUGUUGGUGCACAGCGUGAGUUGGCCGAAUGUCUACAAAAUCUCAAUCAACAUGCUAUCCUUAAGCACCUUGGUCGUCAACCAACCAAAUGGUACUUCAAUCCACCCAUCGCUCCGCACUUCGGUGGUGCAUGGGAGCGAAUGGUCCGCUCCGCCAAGUCGGCCUUAAGAUCCGUCUUGGGAAAGCAACGGCUCACCGAUGAGAUCCUCGUCACCGCACUGUCUCACAUAGAAAACGUGCUCAACAGCCGAAAACUCACAGCCACUAGUGAUGACCCUUCCGACCCAGAAAGCUUGACGCCAAAUCAUCUGCUUCUUGGUCGUGCGAAUCCCAACGUUCCACCCGACGUCUUCUCCGAAGCUGAUUUAUGCGCCAAAAAACGGUGGCGAAUAUCGCAGGCACUCGCAGAUCAGUUCUGGUGCCGUUGGAUGAAGGAAAUAAUACCAGGUCUCACGGAGCGUGAAAAAUGGUAUCAAGACCAACCGAAUCUCGAAGUUGGUGACAUCGUUGUCUUCAUAGAUCCGUCCACUCCCCGUGGUGUUUGGCCCACUGGCAAAGUCAUCCAAGUCGUCGCCGGAAAGGAUGGGAUCGUCCGAUCGGCCCAUAUCCAGACGAACGGAACGGAACGUCAUCGACCAGUGCAUCAACUCCUUCUAAUCGAAUCCGUCCACGUCAGAGAAGGUGCGACUAACCCAGUAGAUCGCAGGGCCGGCGAUGUUGGCAACUCAGCGGUUGCCAAAACCGUUAAGUUCGCCGAAAGUACCGAACCCGAUCUGGCAACGCCUGAAAUAGGGUCAGGGAAAUCGGUAACGAAGGGUGGAGCUACCGACGACCCGACAUUACAGAACAACGAGCCCACCGGAGCACAUGUUGCAGCUCACUAG